AUGGGUGGUCACAGAGGAAAAUUGCAAUGCUCUACAUUCACGAAAGACGAAUGGGGCAAGAUCAAUCAAGACAUGAUUGGUCUCACAAAAAUGGAUUAUGGGAUAGAUAGACUGAAGGGUAAGUGGAACCGUUUACGUAAAGUGCAUCGCUUGUUCGCUAAACUGGUAGGGCAUACAGGUGUUACAUGGGAUCCAAAUACCAACAAAGUUGAUGCUGCUGAGGAAGUUUGGCAACACUUUUUUACGAUAAACAAGGCUGAGUACAAAAUAUUCAAGAAGGAAGGAUGUAAGCAUUAUGCAGUUCUUGGAGAGAUAUUUGGCGGGACUACAGCCAUCGGAGGUUUAGGCAAUGCUUCCACUCAACUUCCUCCAACAUCAGAGGAAGAAAGGCAGAUAGAAGAUGAUUUUCUGAAUAGGGGAAUGCAUGUACGUGCGCAACAAAAUGAUGAUGAAUAUGAUGAAGUUACAAUAAGUAUGAGAAGUGAAGAAACUGAACUUAGGAUGCUUUACCUAAAAGAAAAGCUUGCACACAUGCAAGGAAAAUCGUCUAUUCAAUCUAGCAAUUCUGAAGCCACUAGUCCAGAUCCGUAUUCAACAAAGGUUUGCCUAGACAUCUUAAAUAGUAUGGAAGGAGUGUCUAAUGAAGAUUAUAUGAAAGCAAUGAAGGCUUUUAAGGAUCCAGAUUUUAGGAUGUCAUUUGUGGAGAUGCUAGAAAUUAGGAGAGGACCUAUCUUGAAUCUUCUUUGA